AUGUACAGUCACAAGCUGUGCAAAGCAGUUCGCAGGCCUCUGGUGCAACAAGGCCUGGUGGCCAAGGAUCCAGAUGUCGACGCUAUCUAUCGAUUGAUCAACGCUGAUCGAAUCGAUGGGCUCAAUGUACAAUUCGAUCGCCAUGCACCACCAAUUUUUUUGAAACCAGGUUAUUUUGCGCAACGAUUACUACAUCUUGUUGGUGGAACAAUUGGAUUUUAUCCUGCAAAUGCAAUUCAGAGGCGUAAUCCCCACAACUACUUAGCAGAUUUCAAGGAAGAAGAAAAACUGUACAGUGAUUCUGAACAAUUGAUUGAGUUAUUGGCCAAAUGGAAUUGUAGCAGCACUACAGUCGAAACAUGCCUCAUCGAACUAACCCAGUUGUUGGCACAACAUCAAUUCUGGGGCACGGAGGAAGUCAGUCUGGCCGAAGUACGUUAA